AUGGCACAGCAGGUGCCUCAUCAGGCGACGGACAAGAAGCGCGUCAAGGUGUACGAGCUGCGCAACAAUGACUGGUUCGACAGAGGCACCGGCUUUUGCACCGCGUCCUUUUCCACAACAAGUGAUGGCCGCAAAGACCCUCGCGUGAUUGUCGAGUCCGAGGACCAACCCGAGCGACUGCUUCUCGAGACCAAGAUUCAAAAGGAGGAUGGCUUCCAGAAGCAGCAGGAGACGCUCAUCGUCUGGCAGGAGCCAGGAAGUGGCGUCGACAUGGCUCUGAGUUUCCAGGAAGCCGAAGGCUGCGCCAGUAUUUGCCUUGCCUUAAAUGAUGACUCCCUCUCCGAUGAACUCACCGUCGAUAUCCACCAGCACAGCGUCAGCCUGCCCGCAGCAGAACUCGGAAACCUCGCAGACAUCGAAGUAGGCAUGCGCAUGAUGAACAACACUGCCAACGGCCGAGACGCCCUAGCCAAAUUCAUCAUGGCUGACGACUACAUUGGCAAGCUCAUCCCCCUUGUCGAAAUGGCCGAGGAUCUUGAGAGUUUACCGGAUCUUCACCGACUCUGUAACAUCAUGAAGACGAUUAUCCUUCUCAACGACACCACCAUCAUUGAACACGCCGUGACCGACGAGAACGUUCUGGGCGUCGUUGGAGCCCUCGAGUACGACCCCGAUUUUCCUAGCCACAAGGCUAAUCACCGCCACUGGCUGGAUAACCAAGGCCGCUAUAAGGAAGUGGUGCCCAUUGACGACGAGAUCACGCGACGCAAGAUUCACCAGACCUACCGACUUCAGUAUCUCAAGGACGUCGUCCUGGCCCGAAUUCUCGAUGACCCGACCUUUUCUGUGCUCAACUCCCUCAUCUUCUUCAACCAGGUCGACAUUCUACAGCACUUGCAAUCCAAUACCGAAUUUCUCAACGAACUCUUUGCCAUUUUCACUGCUGUACCGCCCGAUUACAGGAAAAAGAAGGAGGCCGUUUUGUUCAUUCAACAGUGCUGUGCAAUUGCCAAGACUGUUCAACCAGGCGCGCGUCAGGUUCUUUACAACAACUUGAUCGCACACGGCCUGCUUCAGGUCAUCCAUUUCGGUCUUCGUCACGACGAUGUCGCUGUUCGCGUCGGUGCCACCGAGAUCCUUGUUUCCAUCAUCGAUCACGACCCACAGAUGAUUCGACAGACCAUUUACCGACAGAUGCACGAAAACCAACCCUCAUUAACCGACUCGCUGAUAGAGCUUCUACUUGUUGAGGUCGAUCUUGGCGUCAAGUCACAAAUCUCGGAAGCUGUGAAGGUAAUACUUGACCAUGGCAUCCAAGGCCAGGGCCCCGAGGUCAUGGCCAAGGUUAACGGCGAGUUUAUUGGCCGGCCGAGGCCGCAGCAAUCAGCCGAUCCCCAGCAAGAGCUGUUCUUGACGCGCUUUUACGAUCGAUCGGCGGCGAAGCUCUUCAAACCACUUAUCGACCUGGAAAACCGUACCGACAUGAACUUCUCCGUCCAACAAGCCUCGAUGUUCAGCUACCUCAUUGAGAUUCUGAGCUUCUUCAUCCGGCAACAUCAUCGGUUCAGCCGCUACUUUGUCAUGACCAACAACAUUGUCGAGCGCGUUGUGCACCUCAUCAAGUCGCCAGAAAAGUACCUUCGCCUCGUCGCUAUUCGAUUUUUCCGCUCCCUCAUCGGGCUACAGGAAGAAUUCUACAUCAAGCAAAUUAUAGAGAAGCGCGUGCUUGGGCCCAUCCUGGACGUUCUCAUUGCCACAAUGCCCCGCGACAACCUGCUUAGCUCUGCUUGCCUGGAGCUUUUCGAACAUGUCAAAAAGGAGAAUAUGAAGGACCUGGUCAAGCACCUCGUCGAAACGUAUAGAGACCGUUUAGCCGAGUUGAGUUACAUGGCGACCUUCCGCAAUAUAGUUUUACGCUACGACCAGACGCAGGGCUUUACGACAGAAGUGGAGUAUUUCUUGGAAUCGGAAGAGGACUUGACUAGACGUCAACCUCCCAACGCGAGGUUGAUGGAGCAUCUCACAGUUGAUGCUCAAGAGGAGGAGUACUGGGAGACGUCAGAUCCGGAAGAUGACAGCGAAGAAACCCAGAGUUCCAGUAAUAGCGGCUCGGGGCCAUCAAAACCGCUGGUAGACUACCCAUCGGAUGAAGACGGCGAGGACGAGGAGGGCAUGAAUGACGAAGGCGAAGAUAAGACCGGAUCCUCGCCACGGGAAGAAGAGGCUGAACCUCCUCUGACGUCACCUCCAGAGCGUAUCAGCGAGAAGCGGAGACGCGAAGAGGACGAGGAAGAGGACGAGCUCGGCAAGCUCGUGGCCAACAAACGCCGCAACAGCGGCUCCGCCGACGCCAACUCGGUCACGUCCACCAGGGCGAGCCACCGCCGGCGAAGCUUCUCAGCGGGCAGUGGCGGUGGUGGCAGCCAUGCCAAUCCCAAGAAGAUUGCCAUAACUCUAUCCCCUGCUCUCAAAAGCGGCGGAGACUUCCGAUCUGACGACGAAAUGUGA